UUGGCGCAGGUCUCUGAUGCUGAUGUCACAUCUCUGUGUAAAGAGGAAGGAAGGUGGGGAGGGGGACAAAAAGGCACCAAAAAUAGCUUGUUAAUGUGCACCAAUGGCCACGGAGGCACCCUGCCUGAGCCGAGCGCAAAAGUGCCACAGGUGAGGAUGGAAGACUCUGCGCGUCCUCCGUGGCGCCAGCAAGCUGCAGCCAAAUCCCCCGCGUGAAACGGAAAAGCAGCACCGAGAAGCAUGGAGGGAGCCGAGGGGGUGUGCGUAGAUUUCCUCUCCUUUUACGCACGGGCGAGGCGGUCGGGGUAAGCGCGCCGAUGAGAGAAUCUUGCACAAUUUGACUCGAAGAGGAGAAGAAGAAGCACAUUAUCAUGAAUGCCGACGUGGGAUCGUCCGGGUUGGCCAGGUCGGCCCGCGGUCAAGCUGUCCGAGAUGGCGCGCGCACCCAAACAGCUGGGCACCGCCAUGCGGGACCCGCACCAGCAGCGGCGCGUCAUCCUGGUGAUCGUGUGCGUGGCGCUGCUGCUGGACAACAUGCUUUACAUGGUCAUCGUGCCCAUCAUUCCGGACUACCUCGCCGACUUGGAGAACGAGCAGUCGGAGCACGUCCACGUCGUGCUGCACCCCAACGGCAGCGCGUACAGCAAUGGCACCGGCGCCGGUCGAGACACAAGCAACAACUUGGACGUCCAAAUCGGAGUUCUGUUCGCGUCCAAAGCCAUCCUGCAGCUGCUGGUCAACCUCAGCGGCACUUUCAUCGACCGGGUGGGCUACGACAUCCCGCUGCUGAUCGGGCUGACCGUCAUGUUUCUCUCCACGUGCAUUUUCGCCUUCGCGGAGAACUACGCGACGCUGUUCAUCGCCAGAAGUUUGCAGGGUCUGGGCUCCGCGUUCGCGGACACGUCGGGCCUCGCCAUGAUCGCCGACAAGUACACAGAAGAGGGGGAGCGCACCCGGGCGCUGGGCAUCGCGCUGGCCUUCAUCUCCUUCGGCAGCCUCGUGGCGCCUCCCUUCGGCGGGGUCCUCUACGAGUUUGCCGGCAAGCGGGUGCCCUUCCUGGUGCUCGCCUUUGUGUGCCUGGCGGACGGCUUUCUCUUCCUCACCGUCAUCCGGCCCUUCAGCAACAGGACUCGAGAGAACAUGCCGGUGGGCACCCCUAACCGGCUCAUGAUCGACCCGUACAUUGCGGUGGUGGCCGGCGCGCUCACGGUGUGCAACAUCCCGCUGGCCUUCCUGGAGCCCACCAUCGCCAACUGGAUGGAGAGCACCAUGCAUUCCACGCAGUGGCAGAUGGGCCUGACGUGGCUGCCCGCCUUCUUCCCGCACGUCUUCGGCGUGUACAUCACCGUCAAACUGGCGGCGCGCCACCCCAACUUGCAGUGGUUCUACGGCGCGCUUGGCCUGGUUAUCAUCGGCGCCAGUUCGUGCACGGUGCCCGCGUGCAAGACCUUCGGGGAGCUCAUCGCUCCGCUGUGCGGCAUUUGCUUCGGCAUCGCGCUGGUGGACACGGCGCUGCUGCCCACGCUCGCCUUCCUGGUGGACGUGCGCCACGUCUCCGUCUACGGCAGCGUCUACGCCAUCGCGGACAUCUCUUACUCGGUGGCGUACGCCAUGGGGCCGGUGGUGGCGGGCCAGGUCGUGCACAAUCUGGGCUUCGUGCAGCUCAACCUGGGCAUGGGUCUGGUCAACGUGCUGUACGCGCCCGCGCUGCUCCUGCUGCGCAACGUGUGCCAAAUGAGGCCAUCCUACUCGGAAAGGGACACCCUGCUGGAGGAGGCUCCGCAGGGGCUGUACGACACCAUCCGCAUGGAGGAGAGGCGGACCAAGAAGAAGAAGAAGAAGGAGAAGGGCUACAACUCGGCGGGCAACUGCCUGCCGGUGGACGAGAACGGCUUCGACGCCUUCAAAGCGCAGCGCUCGCAGUCCGAGGAGUCGUCCGGCACAGAGUUCACUUGAGGCGGGCAAGCUCCACGGGACAGCUCCCCCUCCCUCCCGCGUGGAUCUCACCUUGUCUAAUUCCAAGUUCUGUGCAAUAUCAACACCCCAAUCCCAAAAUUACGAUGGUAUGAGUGACUUUUUUUUUUCUUGGUUCUAAUUUCAUUGUGAGUUUGAUUAUUGUGAAAGAAAAAAAGGUGCAGAUAAAUGUGGGACCAAAAAUAAACAGCACACAUCCACUCGCACAAAAAAAAAAAGAAGCCUAUAUAUUUUUUAGUCCUUUUGUUUUUACUUGAAAGGGUCAGAUUUUAUCGCUGGAUAACAACAGGGCCUGCCGCCAUCUAAUUUCUAUCUUGUCGGGAAUUAAAUGUAUCAGCACAACUGGAUUUGUACAUAUGUGGAUAACAGGAGAUGCACAAUGUAAAAAAAAAAAGUACAAAAAGAUAAGCUCAAGUGUGUGUGGGUGUGUGGGUGUGUGUGUGCGUGUGUAUGCGUGUCAGUGUGGGGCAUUUUGUCAAGACAAGUCAGAUCUCCUUAUGACAAAUAAAUGUGCGUGUUCAUUUAUUGACUGUGGGUUUAAUAAAUCUGUUUGGAUCUGUGA